AUGUCCGACGACGACCUCGCCAUCUACGACGAAGUCGAGAUCGAGGAUAUGACCUACGACGAAACCCGCCAGCUGUACCACUACCCGUGUCCCUGUGGCGACCGCUUCGAGAUUGCGCUGUGCGACCUGAUGGACGGCGAGGACAUUGGUGUGUGUCCGAGCUGUAGUCUGAUGAUUCGGGUUAUUUUUGAGGUGGAUAACUUGCCGAAACCUCCGGGCCAAGGGGGCGGUGAGCAGGUUGCUGUUACUGCUUAG